AUGGCUCUUAUCCCUACCCUCGUAUUCGGCGGAGCGACCAUCACAGCCGAGGAUGGAAGUUUCUCAAACGCCGCAGAGGUCUCGAGUUUAUUUAAAACCCUCAAAGCCGAAGGAAUCACUCAACUUGACACUGCGCAGUCCUAUGGUGGUGGUACCAGCGAGCAGCUCAUUGGCCAGGGCGAGGGAUUGUCAGACUUCCUUGUUGAUACCAAGCAUGUGAACAACUUCUAUCUCCAUGCCCCUGAUCCAAAGGUACCUCUCGAGGAAACUCUUGCCGGGGUCAACGAUCUCUACGAAGCCGGAAAAUUCAACAACUUUGGGCUGUCCAACUUCAACGCCGACGAAAUCAAAGAUGUUCUACGCGUGGCGACUGAGCAUAAUUACAUUCUCCCCAAAGUCUACCAGGGAAAUUACAGCGCGAUUGCCCGCCAGCUGGAUAAUGAUAUCCUGCCCACUCUGCGCGAUAAUGGAAUUGCUUUCUACGCCUACAGCCCCAUUGCAGGUGGGUUCCUCACCAAAACCACUGCCCAGUUGACUUCUGGUACCAAGGGCGAGGGCCGUUGGGACCCGAAGUCACCACUGGGGUCAUUCUAUCACGCUCUAUACGGAAAGCCCACUUUCUUUGAAGCAUUGGACAAAUGGAAUGUCAUUUCCGAAGCGGCUGAUAUCCCUAAGGCUGCGCUUGCAUAUCGAUGGGUAGCAUUCCAUUCGGCUCUUGAUGCGCGACUUGGAGACGUACUGGUUGUUGGAGCUAGCAGUCUGAAUCAGGCGAAGCAGACUGUUGCUGCCCUUAAAGCUGGACCUCUGCCUAACGAGGUGGCAGCGCAGAUCUCGGACCUGUGGGAUAUUGUGAAGAACGAUGCGGUUGUGAAUAACUUUGAUGUCCUUAGAUCAACCUAG